AUGUCGUGGCAAUCUCCGUCUGCCAUGGCUGGGAUCGCAGGAAUGUCCGCUAUGGAUGGCUCAAACGGCCCACAGGGUACGGAAUACACGCUACAGGGUGUGAUGCGAUUUCUGCAAACAGAAUGGCAUCGUCACGAACGCGACCGCAACGCCUGGGAGAUUGAACGUGCCGAGAUGAAAUCCCGCAUUGGCCGAUUGGAAGGGGACCUGCGCACCAGCAAGCGGCUACACGAGUCUCUCGGGAAGCAUGUGAGGCUGAUGGAGACCGCGCUCAAGCGCGAAAGGGAGAAGGUCAAGAAGCUAUCCAACAACGAGUCCCUUGAGGAUAUCAAGGACCCCAAGGAGGCUGCGCGUGACAGCGUCAAUUUCCUCAAGUCGCAACGCCCUAGACUCGCCACGGACGAUGAAAAUGACCUGGACCCCGACAGUGAAAGUCAGCAGGAUGGUCAACUCGACGACGGCCGAGACAAAGUUCGGGGUUUCUUGACGAAAGCCUCUCACGAAAUCUCGUACCAUGUAAUACCUACCUCCCACCCUCCGCCCGACCUCAACGACUCCGAACUCGCGGGUCACUUAUAUGGCAAUUCGCAACUCUCCCAGCAGAACCUAGAGGAGGCUUAUCUCCAACAGCAACGACAGAAAGCAAACCAAGUUAUGGCGCGUGAGAUGGUCCUCCAAAACCACCAACCUGUGGCCAAUCACUACUCCGAAAACGCUAUGGCCCGGGGCCAAAAUCAGUACGCUACACGGGAAACUAUGGAUCGACGUGCACUUGAAUCACAGCAGGCACCCGUUGGCUCAAUCGGAAACCGAGCCCACGUGUAUGAACAGGGCUUAGUUGACGAGCAACAAAACCAAGCAUACGAGGGACAGGGACCUCAGGUGAUCGCCAAGGAAGAUGUCAACUCGCAGGCAUUGCCCGAGAAGACCGAAGACGUGGAUGGGUGGAAUUUUGACGAGCCAGUGGAGCAGCCACCACUUGUCGAGUCUGUCCCGCCCCAUCGUCCAGACACUGAUGCUUUCCCAAACGCCAAUUUUGUGCGUGCUGAAUCGUCGGGCAAGGUGACAUCGCUCCCGCAUCGAAGAAAGAGCUCCGGCUCAAGACGCAAGAGUGAAGGUGCAGCUGACACUCGCGAGGGAGGCGCGGCCUUGAGCCAACAGCCCGACACCAACUUCAAAGUCCGGUUUGCGUUGCGCGGGCAUCUGGACGUGAUUCGAUCCGUUAUCUUUACCGGCGGCGGAAGCCCAUCAGAACCCGAAAUUUGCACAUGUAGUGAUGACGGGACCAUCAAGCGGUGGAUUAUUCCAGCAACCUAUGGUGGCUUCGGACCGCAUGGCCCGGGUUCCAGCAAUGAUCUGGACAUCACCAGUUACUUUACCCACCGUGGACACGAAGGUGCUGUCACCUCGUUGGCUGCCUGUUCACCAUCUCAGAACAUUUCCAAUGGUGGACGUGUCCUGGGCGAUGGGUGGGUGUUCUCAGGUGGCCAGGAUGCCAGCGUGCGCGUAUGGGAGCGUGGCCGGGUUGAUCCCAAGGCCACCUUGGACGGACACACAGAUGCAGUUUGGGGAUUAUGUGUCCUUCCAGGAACAGUGGGAUCGGUCUUCGGCGAUUCCAGUAGCCAGAACGGUGGACCGGAUCGCAUUCUUCUGGCCUCUGGCGCCGCAGAUGGGCGCAUCCUGAUCUGGGCUGUGAGCGCUCCGCCUCAGAUCUCAGCACCCCCGGGUGGCUCGCGCCGUCAAGGUGGAAGCCGACGGGCAAAUUCAAUUUCAUCUGGGUCCAACUUCCCAUCUUCACCGCAGCCCAGUGUGGCUACCACUACGCCUUUCAACUACACUCUUAUCCAUCACAUUAUUCGCUCUGAGUCACCUUCGCCGACCUGUAUCAGUCCGCUGUCGCUGGCGGGCGUCAACUUUGUUGUUUCUUAUUCCGACGCCUCAAUUCUUGUAUACGACACACGAACGGGUGAAGAAAUCGCGGGCAUGGCCAGUCUGGAGACAUAUGAUGGCACACCAUCUACUGGUGUGAACUCCGUCGUCGCCACCACCAUUGGUUUUGAUGGUGCCGCCAAUCUGGACCCCAAUCGUGCAACCACCGAGGAGGAAGUGGUCCACGGAGCCACCGGAUCGAGCAGCGUGGAGGGCGUCAUCAUCAGUGGCUACGAGGAUCGGUACAUUCGCUUCUUCGAUGCCAACAGUGGCCAAUGUACUUACACAAUGCUCGCUCAUCCCGCCGCGAUUGCCUCCUUGUCAUUGUCUCCAGACGGACGUGAGCUUGUUUCGGCAGGUCAUGAUGCAAGCUUGCGGUUCUGGGACCUGGAGAAACGUACCUGCAACCAGGAGUUGACAAGUCAUCGUCUGAUGCGCGGCGAAGGAGUCUGCGCUGUUGUGUGGAGCCGUGAUGGCCGCUGGGUCGUCGCCGGCGGUGGAGACGGCGUUGUCAAGGUCUUCUCCCGAUGA